UAAAUUCAAACAAAAUUGGAAGAUUCCUUCCUUCAUUAUUAGUCAAAGAAAAGAAAAGUCUUUACGUAACCAAUUAUUGAAGACUCUACAAAAGUAUUUUCAGUUUCAAAGUAGUAACUUCAACCAAAACGACGUUGUAAUAGGAACUCCGUAGCAGAAAAGCUUCACCAUUUCUACAUCGCUUUCCGAUAAACAGCAAUUUACGGAGGAUCCGAAUAGAAACACACACAUUUUCGGGUCGACCCGUAAUGGCUGUUACAGUAUCCAAAAAAGCUCCAAAACCGAAAUCCGAUAACCCGACGACGACGGUAAAAAGCGGGGGUAAAAUAUGGUUUUAUUCGCUGCUUCUCACCCUACAGUACGGUGCUCAACCGCUCAUUUCCAAGCGCUUUGUCAGGCGUGAAGUCAUAGUUACUUCAUCUGUUUUGACAUGUGAAGUAGUCAAGGUUAUUUGUGCUCUUAUUCUCAUGGCAAAAGACGGCAGUUUGAAGAAAAUAUACAGGGAGUGGACCUUAGUUGGCUCUUUGACUGCAUCUGGACUGCCUGCUGCUAUCUAUGCACUACAAAACAGCUUAUUGCAGAUCUCAUAUAAAAAUCUUGAUUCACUCACUUUUUCAAUCUUGAACCAGACAAAACUGUUCUUCACAGCCUUGUUUACUUACAUGAUAUUGAGGCAGAAGCAAUCCAUUCAACAAAUUGGGGCUCUUUUCUUGUUAAUCAUGGCAGCAGUCCUUUUAAGUGUUGGUGAAGGAUCCAGCAAAGCUUCCAGUAGAAGUAACCCUGAUGAGAUCUUAUUCUAUGGAAUUGUACCAGUUUUGGUUGCGUCUGUGCUUUCUGGUCUGGCAUCUGCCUUGUGCCAAUGGGCAUCUCAGGUUAAGAAACACUCAUCCUACCUGAUGACUGUUGAGAUGUCCAUUAUUGGGAGUCUUUGCUUGAUAAGUAGUACUUCCAAGUCUCCAGAUGGAGAAGCUAUUAAACAGCAUGGAUUCUUCUAUGGGUGGACUGCAUUAACUUUGGUCCCUGUUAUCUUAAAUGCGGUUGGUGGAAUUCUUGUGGGUCUUGUGACUUCAUAUGCUGGUGGUGUCAGGAAGGGAUUUGUCAUUGUGUCUGCGCUUCUUGUAACUGCUCUGCUCCAGUUCAUGUUUGAUGGAAAACCUCCUUCACCAUACUGCCUUGUGGCACUUCCAUUGGUUAUGGUUAGCAUAAGCGUAUACCAAAAAUAUCCAUAUCGUGUCAAGAAGAAGCAAGUGUGAAUCUUGAAUACGCCAUCUUACAGACUCUUAAGCGUAUUUGCCGACAUUUGGCAAAAUGGACAAUUGGUUUUACUCAUCUAACAGGAAAAGAGUGCUUAGAGUUGACGGGUACCAUUAGAUGAGUUUAACUAUGUCAGAAUUGGGAUAUUGUGUAAUCUGUUACAUAUAUCUGCAUUUGAUGUAUAUGGAUAUGUUCAGCAUGAUUCAGCAUUAAGUACAGGGAAUUGGUGGAUUCCUGACUGGACACUCCUAUAUGUGGAAUCGGUGUUCCUGAGAAAGAUUUAUGGUGCAUUGAUUACCGACUAAUUGUUUGAAGCCGCGAAUUGAAGUUUAGUUGAUUCGGGUGUAAAGAGAAAGAUGCUUUUCUGCUAUAUCAUCUUCUCUUAUUAAACUUCUGUAUAUGUACUUGUUUUCUUUAUUAUUGUCUCUGCAUAUUAUAUUUGCUGUGCUACAAGGGGGCGACGAGUUAAAAAUUGGUGAGCAAAAAGCUGUGUGGAAUGGUUAUCUCUGUCAAUUUCCUUUGUCUCAA